AUUUUGUGAAUAUUCAACACCAUUUCAGUCAUUUACUAGUCUCGCGAUCUCCGUCCCUUCCCUGUUGCCUUGUUCAGUUGUUCUCCACCACUGUGUGCUGUGUUCUGUUAACCCUAGAAACUCCAUUUUCUCUUUCACAAGAACCUAAAAUGGCGGUUUCAUAUGCGUCUCUGUUGAAUAUUAGCUCAGUUUCUGUUCCCCAAACCAAAACGUCACCAUGCUCCAUUCGUGCUCUCUCUUCUGCCAGGCCUGGGAAAUGUGCGUUAUCUUCCUCGAGCGUUAUCUCCUGUCCGUUGCGCCUCUCAUCUUCGUUUUCAAGCCCCACUCUUGUGAGAAAUAGUUGCGCUCUGUUUACCCCGGUUAGAGCCAUGGCAGAGGAAGGUGCAUUACAAUCCAAAGUGACUCACAAAGUUUAUUUUGAUAUAAGUGUUGGAGAACCUGUAGGAAAGCUUGCUGGGAGAAUUGUUAUUGGAUUAUAUGGUGAUGAUGUGCCGCAGACUGCAGAGAAUUUCCGUGCUCUGUGCACAGGAGAGAAGGGAUUUGGCUACAAAGGAUCCGCAUUCCACCGUGUUAUUAAGGAUUUUAUGAUUCAAGGAGGAGAUUUUGAUAAAGGAAAUGUAAGAUGUCUGUUAACAAACUAUUUCUGCCUCACUUGUUCUCACUUUCACUUCAUGCCAUUUUUUCUCUUUCCUUUUGAAUGUAUAGAAGUCACGUUAAAGAUGAUUAUGAGUGGAGGAUUUUUAUUCUUUUACUCUAAGUUCUUCAUAGUAUCAAGUGAAAUGCAUUUGAUAUUUGCAGUGGCUCAUACUGGACCUGGAGUUCUUAGCAUGGCAAAUGCAGGCCCUGAUACCAAUGGAAGCCAAUUUUUCAUUUGCACUGUUAAGACACCAUGGCUGGACCAGAGGCAUGUGGUGUUCGGACAAGUUCUGGAGGGCAUGGAUGUUGUUAAGCUGGUUGAGUCACAGGAGACAGACAGAGGUGAUCGUCCUAGAAAGAGGGUUGUCAUAAGUGAUUGUGGUGAACUUCCAGUGGUUUAAGGUGGGAAUAGCAGGUUUCUAAUAUUCUCGGUGUAGGGAUUUUCAUUUGCCCUUCAAAUUAUUAUGGGCUUGCUCCUGAUAUAGAGGCUGUCUAUGUCGUGAGGCUUUGUUCGGCAAGUUUCUUGUAGUUUCUGUAUUUCGAGAGAUGUCUUAAAGCGAGCUACAACUAGUGUUUGUACUUUUAUGGCGAUGCUCUUUAGCAUGCACAUAAUAAGAUGGCAAUGGGUAUUCAUACGUUUUUGCUAA